GGAACUGGAGCUUGGAAAGCAAGCCAAUGGUGGGUGGGAUGGUGCCAGUGAACUGGUUGUAUUUAAGAUCGAGUCGAAGAAGAUUUGGGAAUGAAGAGAAGUUGAGGUUCUGCAAGGUACCUGUCAUGUCAAGGUACGACAAGUUAAUCUCUGUCACGCUUCCUGAUUCGUCACAGGCUAUUCCAAACCACCGGCAGGGACUAGCAGCAGAGGAAUUCGAACUUCGGUUUGCUGGGAUAGCCCAUGAGCUGAGGAUGGAUUGGUUCCUGAGACCCUCUUUCCAUUUCAGCAGAGCUCGGACUUCGCCUGCGGUGGAAGCCAAGGUUGAUUGAAGGCAAGACAACAGGAGAAAGGAAGUGAGAAAGAGUGGCACUACUUGGGUUUUGUCAAGCUUUGCCAUUGAAACUGGUAAAAGGUAACAGCUUUUGCUUUUCUCUCCCGGUGUGUUUGGCUCUUAUGGUUACUGCGCUUAUAACCAGAUAACACAAUGAUAAGUACUUUGCAUCUACGACUCUUCAUGAGGGUGUCAUGAUUGUCAAAGUGAGAUACUUGGAUGACAUUGAUCGUUGGACAAGUUGCAGUAUGAGGCUGAAGAAUAAGAAGCUGCCAAUAUAGCAAAUAGGACAAUUUGACUUGAGCUUGGAGUUGCAGUCUUGUAAGGCAAAGAGUUUACUUUAUUGAUGGGGUUAUGAUGCGGCUCGUCCAUACAAAUUAUUGAAUGGCAUUUCGAAAUAGAUAGC